CCAGAAAAUGGGUUAAAAAAGGGGGUUUGAGCGCCGAGCUGUGUUUCCACCGCCUGCAGCACCCAGAAGUGAACAGCAGGCGACCCGGAAGGUUUGAAGUCCGCCUGAGCGCAGGCAGAAAGAAGAGUCCGUCUAAUCCUCUAUUAAAUAUUCCUCCUCCGGCUGGUUCAGGAUGGCUGAACCUCGCUUUAACAACCCUUACUUCUGGCCUCCGCCUCCUGCGAUGCCCGGCCAGCUGGAUAACCUAGUCUUGAUCAAUAAAAUCAAGGAGCAGCUGAUGGCCGAGAAGAUCCGGCCGCCCCACCUGCCCCCCGCCUCGGCCCCUUCCCAGCAGCCCCUGCUGGCCGCGCCCAGCCAGGCGGAGGGCGGCCAGCACGCCAUGCCCAAGGCGCAGCAGAUGGCGGGUCUCCACGGCCACAGCCCGUCGCAGCCGGACGUCGCCCUGCACGCCCGGCCCGCCGCCAGCUCCGUCACAGGUCGCAUUCUGGGGGACGUAAACUUGAAUCUGGAUGAUAAGGCAGCUAUAAAAGCCAGAGGACUGUGGGAAGACUGGCACCUGCGUCAGCUCAUAGAUCACCCCUCCAGGACCAACCACGUCUCAGGCGUGGCGCUGGCGUCCAGAACAGGGAACCUCAACACGUCGGAGAUCAUCACCCCCACCACGCCCACCUCCAGCAGCCACGGCCGGCUGGGCGGGGCGCCCACCCCCCACCUCCUCUCAGGGUUGGCCUGCGGUCAGGGGAUCGAGCCCGGGAAGAGCAACGGGGGGCUGGUGGGGCUCCUCGGCCCCCCGCCCAAGCAGGAGCGCGGCCGGAAGAAGAUCAAGGCGGAGAACGGCUCCUCCCUCCUGGUGGUGCCGUACCCCAUCCUCGCCUCGGGCAACGACCAGUCCUGCGUCACCAUCACCACCAAAGAAGGGAAAACCUACAGGUGUAAAAUGUGUCCGCUGACCUUCUUCUCCAAGUCCGACAUGCAGAUUCACUCCAAGACGCACACGGAGGCGAAGGCCCACAAGUGUCCGCACUGCACCAAGUCCUUCUCCAACGCGUCCUACCUGGCCCAGCACCUGCGCAUCCACCUGGACGUCAAGCCGUACCGCUGCUCCUACUGCGAGAAAUGCUUCCGCCAGCUGUCCCACCUGCAGCAGCACACCAGAAUCCACACGGGCGAUCGGCCGUACAAAUGCGCCCAUCCUGGCUGUGAAAAAGCUUUUACUCAGCUCUCCAAUCUGCAGUCUCACCAGAGGCAGCACAACAAAGACAAGCCCUUCAAAUGCUCCAACUGCUACCGUGCCUACGCAGACUCUGCCUCGCUGCAGAUCCACCUGUCUGCACACGCCAUCAAGAACGCCAAGGCCUACUGCUGCAGCAUGUGCGGCAGGGCGUACACCUCCGAGACGUACCUUAUGAAGCACAUGUCCAAACACGCAGUGGUGGAGCACGUGGUUUCCCAUCACUCCCCUCAUCACAGGACUGACUCCCCGGCCAUCCCUAUACGGAUCUCCCUCAUCUGAGCUCCUGGCCGUCUCCCGCCCUCCCCGCCAGAGACGCCUCCUGUGAUAAACCCCGCUCCGGCCCACAGACGGGUCCAGAAACGUGCCAGAUCGCCAGUAUUUUGUGAAGAGGCGCUCUUUGAGCGAGCGUGUCCUUCUUUUUUUUUUUCUUUUCCCUUCUUGCUGACCAGAUAGUAUUAUCGGGGACAUCCAAAGAUGAUUUCUCAGCACUUUCAGGCCUCAAAAUGACGGGCCUAAAAUUUCUUUUUAUAAACGACUUCACAGAAAAAGACAAAAAAAAAAAAGAUUGCUUCAGGCAGCUACAUGGGAGAAACCUUUUGAAAACCUCUUUUUUUUUCCCCCAUUUCACAGGUUACUUUGUUGUUUUUAUACGACCCUUUAAUGUUUCCACCCGAGUGUGCAAAUUAAUUUGCAUCAGAACUAGUCUUCCAUUAGCUGGGUGGCGACGUUACCACACAGGUUAAAGCUCUCAUUUAUCGUGUACUCAUGUAUAUCGUGCCACUCCUCUUGUCUGUGUUUGCAAGUAUUUAUCAAUCAUGUGGCCAGAAGGAGGCGUUACCGUGUGCCAUCCAUCCGGUUUUCAAACUGUUGCCAAUUAACCUCGCCCAGACCAGGAAGCGGCGCUUCGAGACGAGUCUUAUCAUUUUUUCCAUUCAUAAUCAGAUUUCUGAAACAGUCACUUCAAUCUGGUCAAAUUCUGAAAAGUGCUUCAUCAAUAACCAGGAGGUGAGUUGAACCCGAGACGUCCUGAAUGUGAGCUCCUUCAUUCCACACAGUGUUACAGAGUGAUGUGAAUUCAGUUCAAAACUGAACAUAAUUGAUGUCUUGUGUUCGUUUGUUUUGCCAAAAAAAAAAAGAAAAAAAAAAAGAAAUAGUUUUUAUUUCUACUUCUUACAUUAAUAUGUCAUUUAAAGAUGCACUUACAUACUUUUUUGUUGCCCGGUUUGCUUUUAAUUUUGUGCCAAAAAAUAGCAAAUAUAGUGGCAGACGGCACACAAAACUCCUGGAAAACCUUUAAAAAAAAAAUAAUAAAAAAAACUUAAAAACAAGCUUCUUCAUCCGUAAUGUCUACUGGAAGCAUCGACCCACAGAAAGGUGAUUCUCCCACGGAUUUAUGAGUGAAUAUUUUUUCUAUUUUAUGUGCAUUUAAGCCUUAACUUUGUUGCAACUUUUGAUUUUGUUCUGUUGUUCACUUUACAUUUGUCUUUUAUGCCAUAGCAUGAUAUAUACUGUAAAUAAACUAUAUUGACUGUAAGCCCAUUUUAUAAUAAAUAGUUGUAUAAC